GCGCUCCACUGUAUAUGUUCUAUUUAUUUUGUAUGUUUAAUAAGUGAUUAAAUAAAGUACAAAAGUUCUAACAAUCACGUGCAGACGAACAAUCAACGGGUUCACAGUUUUUUUUCCAAAUUUAAGGCACUAUUAAGUCAUUCUCGAUUUGCAAGCGGAUUUAAAUUAAUUUUCGUAAUUCGACCUCUAAUUUGCAAAAGCAGCAUUUUUAAAUUUGAGAAUCCUUGGUGAAACUUUUCAACCACUUCAAGGGUUUACGUGAAACGUUUCAAUGCAGCGCUGCAGGCGAACGUCAGUCGAAAGAAAUGGCACAAAUAAACAAACAAAUAUACGCUUGCUGCCUGUAGUGGACCAACGCCGAUUUUUUCUAAUCGGCAAAGCGGCACACAAUGUGGGAAAAAUGUCGUUUAUGUUUAAAGAAAAUAGGUGCCGGAAAGGGAGCGUCCAUCACCGACCACGAAUUUGGCGCCAUGCUGAGCCGUGUGUUCACCUUCCCGGUUGCCGUCACCGAAUCUGUUUUGCUGGUAAAUGUUUGUUUCAAAUGUGCGUUGACGGUGCGUAACUUUAACGCCUUUAGUGAAGAGGUCGAGGCCAAUCAGAACGUUUUGUUAAGGGAGUUAAUGGUGGAGGAGAAAGGUAGGGAAUUAGAUGAUGAAAAGGUAAAGCAUACUCAAGUAAUCUCAUCACGAGAGCUAACUGUGGAGCCAAAAGGACGGGAAGUGGAAGAUGUUAAACAUGGCCAUUCACUGACAAAGCCUGUCCUAGAUCAAGAAUCUGAAACAAAUGAAAAAAAGCCUGUGGAAAAGCUCGCUGAUGAUGAUGAUGGGACCGCCAGUAUGCUGCCCAUAGAGGAUAUGGAAGUGCUGCUAAAAGAACAGCUGGAUGAUGACUUUUCCUCGGACGACAACAACAGCACAACGCACACCGAUGACAAAACCCCGAACAGUCGCAGCAAAAAGCCCGACCUUCACGAGAACGAUCGCAUCAUUAUGGAGUUUUUCGAGAUGCGCUGCGAGCUCUGCCCGAAACAGGCCGAUCAAAGCUUCGAUCGGUUCUACACGCUGCAGCGGCACUAUCGCGUGGCGCACCAGUGUCGCGGAUUUUUGCGCUGCUGCGGCAGAAAGCUUUACCGUCGGUUUCGCGUCAUGGAACACAUCCAGUCACAUCGCGGCACGAUCCGGUGCGGGAUUUGCGACAAGCCGUUCAAAAGCAAGAGCUACCUGAUGCGCCACAAUGCCGAGCAGCACGUGGCCGACGGACCGUCCUUCGCCUGCCAGCACUGUGAGCGAACGUUUCACACCCAGCGGCAGCUGAAUCAGCACCUGCCCGCGCACGAAACGACGGUAUGCAAGAUCUGCGGCAAAACGGUGAACGUUCGGUACCUGAAGCAGCAUACCGCACUGAUACACGGCACGGUACGCCAGGGCUACAUGUGCGAUCUGUGCGGGAAGAACUUUUCCAGCAGCUUGGCGCUGGACCGGCACAUCAAGCAGCACCAGGGCAUCGAGACGAUCGAGAAGCUAGACUGUCCGCACUGUGGCAAGCAGCUGAACGGGAAGUACAACCUGCAGAAGCACGUGCGCUGCAUGCAUGUGGAGGCGGGCAAGAGUUACCGGUGCGAGGUGUGCGGCCACUUCAGCCCGAACAGUGUGGCGCUGGAGAACCACAAAAAGCGGGUGCACACGGGCGAACACUUUGAGUGUGGGGAGUGUGGCAAGCGGUUCAAGCAGAAGAUUUACCUGACGGAGCACGUGGCGGCGCUGCACACGCGCAAACCGCUGUACGCGUGCGAGUUUUGCGAGGCUACGUUCAAGUCGAGGGCGAACUACUACACGCACCGGAAGAUCCGGCACCGGGCAGAGUGGGAAGCGCUCAGGGAGGAGAGGAAACAAGGGGAGGGCAAGAGAUUGUUUGCCGCGGCGGAUGUGAUCACUGGAGUCGUCUAGGGAAUGGUUUGUUUUUGGAGAUGUGUACGAGGUUUUGCUUUGUUUGUAAUUACGAAAAGAUUAAAUUAUUUUAAUGCAAUUC